CAAAAACAAUAUUUACUCUUCCCGUUUCAAAGAAUUUUAUAAAUAUAGAAUUAAAUAAAAGAAUUGAAGUUUAAUUGUUUUAUUUUUAUUUUUGUCUUCGUCUUCUUCUUUAGUUCGUUGGUUGCAGAAGAAGAAUGCUUUUUGUCACCUACUCUCCUUUGUAGUUUCUCUACUCUUUCUUCUUCUCUCUCUAUCUCUGUUCUGUAAUUUUUGUCGUGUUGAAAAAUGGAGAGAUACAAGUGUAGAUUUUGCUUCAAGAGCUUCAUCAAUGGAAGAGCUUUAGGUGGUCACAUGAGAUCUCACAUGCUUACUCUUUCUGCAGAACGUUGUGUAAUAACUGGUGAAGCAGAAGAAGAAGUAGAGGAACGGCCGAGUCAACUCUGUGACGACGACGACGAUACCGAGUCCGAUGCUUCUUCUUCUUCUGGUGAGUUUGAUAAUCAAAAGAUGAAUCGUCUUGAUGAUGAAUUGGAGUUUGAUUUCGCUGAAGACGACGACGUUGAAAGUGAAACCGAGUCGUCCAGGAUUAACCCAACUCGGCGACGAUCUAAACGAACUCGGAAACUUGGAUCGUUUGAUUUCGACUUUGAGAAGCUAACAACGAGCCAACCCAGUGAGUUAGUGGCCGAGCCAGAGCAUCACAGCUCAGCUUCUGAUACAACAACGGAGGAAGAUCUCGCCUUUUGUCUCAUUAUGCUGUCCAGAGACAAAUGGAAGCAACAGAAGAAGAAGAAGCAACGUGUAGAAGAAGAUGAGACAGAUCAUGACAGUGAAGAUUACAAAUCAAGCAAGAGCAGAGGGAGAUUCAAGUGUGAGACUUGUGGUAAAGUGUUUAAAUCGUAUCAAGCAUUAGGAGGACACAGAGCAAGCCACAAGAAGAACAAGGCAUGCAUGACGAAAACAGAGCAAGUUGAAACAGAGUACGUUCUUGGAGUAAAGGAGAAGAAAGUUCAUGAAUGUCCGAUCUGUUUUAGGGUUUUUACUUCAGGGCAAGCACUUGGAGGUCAUAAGAGAUCUCACGGAAGUAACAUCGGAGCAGGAAGAGGAUUGUCAGUAAGUCAAAUUGUCCAAAUCGAAGAAGAAGUAUCAGUGAAACAGAGGAUGAUUGAUCUUAAUCUUCCUGCACCUAAUGAAGAAGAUGAAACUUCUUUGGUGUUUGAUGAAUGGUGAAAACGAAAGGUAACAACAGACUUUGCGUGAUUCGGGUUGUCAAAAUUAUUAUUCUUUGUUUUUUGGGGUUUGAUUACUUUUAUGUUAAUGCAAAGGAGGCUACUUUUACAUGUUCUAACGCCAAGUUGUUUCAGUACUAGCCUCACGUCGUGUUGGCCUAAAUCAGAGAGAGCAUUCAAUUUUCUUUGUUUUUUUUUUGUUUGUUAGACAUUUUUUAAGGUAUUCGUAAUUGUAUCAAUUUCUUGGUUUCUCUG